AUGGACAGAGCCUUCAUGGAGAUAUACAGUCGUCAGGCCCGAUUCACUUGGCAGACAUUCCUUCAAGAGAAUAGAUAUCUUCUACCUGGUAAACUGGCCAAUCUGUACAAGCUGGAAAAGUAUGAUGAUGCCAAAGAGAUCCUCUUAAGAUUCGAUUCGAAUGGUGAGAGCAUACUUCAUACUGCAGGAUCGGCAACCUAUGACAUGAUGCCAAUUCUCGAGCAAGAACUAUCAAAGAUAUACAAGAUGUUUCCAGACCUACUCAACUUGAAGAAUGAGGCUGAGGAGACCCCACUGCAUGUUGCAACAAUCCAUGGACAUAAGAACAUCUUGCGAUUCCUAGUUCAGGUGGAGGCUGAUGGAUCAUUGGUGGAUUGUCGCAACUUGACUGCACUUGACAUUGCAACAUGGCUCAAGUCAGCUGAGUUGAUUGAUCAACUUCGUAAGCUCAAGUCAUCAAUACUCACUGUGUACAAUGAAUCCACCAACGCCAACAAUGGCAACAGUACUGGCAACAACAAUGGACAACCAUUUGUACCAAUAUAUCAGUGGGGCCAGAUGCUCACUAGUGGCCUCACUCUCACAAGUCUGCCGGUGGCCAGCAGCAUCUUGUUCAAUCAUGUCGAACACGCACCAACCACAAUCAAGUUUGGCAACAACUUUGCAAUGCUCCUGACGGACACUGGACAGGUUUACAGCUGGGGUCUAUGCAGCUACGGCAAGUUGGGACAUCCAACAAAGCGCGACAUUGCCAUCCCCUCACCGAUAAGCGCAUUCCGUAACAAACAGAUCAUUUCAAUCUCUUGUGGCAAGGAUCAUUCACUUGCACUGGACGAGAUUGGUGUUGUAUACUCAUGGGGCAACAACACAGGUGGACGUCUAGGUCUGGGCACCACGGGCGACUUCAUCUUUUCACCAACGAUCAUCCCUUUCUUUGAAGACCAGUGCGUAGCCUCAAUCAGCUGUGGACAAGAGUUCUCAAUGGCGCUGUGCAACGGCGGCAGUCUGUACUCAUGGGGUCAGGGCACCAUGGGUAACCUUGGCUACAAAGUCGAGGGUGGCCUAAACUUCCAAAAGUCUCCACGUCUCGUCAAGGACCUGCCGCCCUCCAAACAAGUGUCGUGUGGCAAUUGGCACACGAUGGUACUCUCUGAAGAAGGCGAGGUCUACACAUUUGGAUCAAAUCGAGAUGGACGUCUGGGUGUAGCUUCACCUGACAGCACACACAUACCCCAGCGCGUCAAGCUCGACAAGUCCAUCAAGAAGAUUGGCGCAGGCCUCAACUUCAACGCCGUUCUCUCCGAACACAGCAACUUUGUAUUCACAUGGGGUAGCAACGAGAACUCACAGCUGGGCGUCUUGCUCGAGGGCCAUAAAAAGUCCACAUGGAUGCCACAGUUGGUUCGCGCACUGCUGCCCUACCCCAUCAACACGAUCGAGGUGGGCUACGAGCACGUGGUCGUCCUGACAGACACGGGCGAGGUGAUCACCUUUGGCAGUAACAGCCACCAACAGUGCGGCGAUGGCGAGCCCAUCAAAGAGGUGUGCAACUUCACCAAGGUGCGCGUCCCUACAAACUCCCCCGUAUUCAAGAUCGCCGCAGGCAGCAACUCCUCGCUCAUCUCACUUACGAGUGGCCACAGCCUGUUUGGAACGGAGCUGUCCUCGCUGUUAGCGGACACCAGCUUUGUAGACCUGCGACUUACGAGUCGCGGCAACCGUGGCGACCCAGUCGAUUGCCACCGCAUCAUCUUGGCCAGUCGCGCCUACAAGCUACACAUACUCAUGGUAAUGGAGAUGGGCAACCCCAACGGUGGCCACAAGAUCAGCUUGUCGAUGACCAGCCACGUCUACUCCAGCACUGUGGACAACAUAAUCUACAUCGACUUCCCGGACACCUCACUUGACGCAUUGCGACUGCUGGUCAAGUUUAUGUACACUGAUCACGCUCACCUGUCCCCGAGCGUCGUGGACGAGUUGGGCUUGGUGUCGUCCGGGCUGGGGCUUGAACGCCUGGCCUACCUCUGUAACCUUGGCAAGACCAAGUCACUCGAGCUGAUGCCAUCCUCAAGCCUUGUCGACGACCUGGCAAAGCUCAAAGACUCUGACUUUUCCUCACACUACCAUGACGUCAAGUUCAACCUGCACGACCAACAACAGGGACAGGACACCGUCGAGCCACAGGUUGUCCCAUCGUUCAAGGUGAUACUGUGUCUGCGCUCGCCAUACUUUAGCAUGAUGCUGAAGGGUCAGUUCGUGGAGACUGGCAUGGACUCGAUCGACAUGCACGAGAUAUCCGUAACCGGCUUCCGUAGCCUGUUACGCUAUUUCUACACCAACGAGGUGCCAGACGACCCCAACGAGUGUGUCGAGCUGAUCAAGUUGGCCGACUUCCAUCAGAUCAGUCGCGCAAAGGAGCUGUGCUCAGCCGUGCUCCGACAACAUGUGGACAACGACUCAUUGCUAAACAUCUAUCAGUUCUCGCUCAACUUUAACCUUAGAGUGCUCACAGUAUUAUGUGAGGCCAGGAUUCUCAAGACACACCGAGACAACAUCAAGACACUACCCAACUUUGAUGAGCUAUCUGAAGAGGCCAAGACGUCAGUUGUCAACAUGGCAUCCACUGAUAAGUUGGUUGCUGCCAAACAUGUGCAUGGAUAA